ACUGCCUACUGAACGCAAACUGACUUCUGAUCGUCUCCGGAAUUUGCUUGGUGUAUACACCCUGUUUUUUUUUUCCUCACAAUUAACUUAACUGAAGAUUCACGCCAGAUUCUUAAUUAGACAAUGGCAGACAAACAGCUAUUCAGUGUGCGGGCCAAGUUUGUGGACAAAGUGUCGCUGGGUGUGAUUAAGCUGUUGUUGGACGACCUUUUGGAGGCUGGGGUGUUGAACGAUGGAGAAAAAGAAUCGGUGCUUGAGGAGAACCCCACGAAGAUGGACAAGGCGCGCUGUCUCAUAGACACUGUGCGGAAGAAGGGCAACAAGGCUAGUGAGAAGUGUAUGUCUCUGCUGAGGGACCACGACCGGAACCUCUACGAAGAACUUGGCCUGGACCAACCUGCUCCGUCAGCGCAGUUAUCGUCAAAGGUGGCAGAGCAGAAAGAAAAGACAGAGUCACCAACUCCAAAGGUGGCAGAGGAGAAGGAACAGACAGUGUCACGAACUCUCGUCCCCUGCAGAGAAGAAUUCAAAAGAGAAAUGCUCGCCAAGAACUCUGCUUCGAUUUACAUUCCAAAGGACAGGUCGGAGCGUAAACGUUUGGCUCUGCUCAUCAACAACAUUAAAUUUGAUCGCGAGGAUAUGGAGAGGCGGGGGGCUGAAAGGGACGAGGAGUGCAUGGAGAAGCUGCUGAAGGACCUAGGUUACAGCGUGGUGAAACGCAGGAACCUGUCUGCCAAGGACAUAGAUGACACUGUGAAAGAAUUCUCUCAGCGUGAGGAGCAUGCACAAUCUGACAGCACAUUUGUAGUAAUCAUGUCCCACGGAAAGCGAGACGCCAUUUGUGGGAUCCACCACCAAGGAGAGAACAACCCUGACCUCUUCAAACUCGACAACAUCUUCACGCACCUCAACACCAAAAACUGCGUAGGGUUACGCAACAAACCCAAAGUCAUUGUCAUCCAGGCCUGCAGAGGAGAUGACUCUGGCUGCACCUGGGUCGCUGACAGUGUGCCCGAGAUCCCCCCAGGCCUGGUGGACGACUCCAUCCGGCGGGAGCACAAGGAGAAAGACUUCAUCAGCCUCAUGUCCUGCACACCAGACACCAAGUCUUACAGGCAUGUUGUGGAAGGAACCUUGUUCAUCCAGCGGCUUGUGGAGACGUUCAACACAUAUGCCCAUCAGGAUCACAUUGAGGAACUGUUCAGAAAGAUUAUGAACCGAUUUGAAGACUUCCCAAACCAAAUGCCAUCCAAAGACAGAGCGACACUGACCAAGAACUUCUAUCUCUUCCCUGGGCUCUGAGCUGCUGAGGGUCUGUCUCUGCCUGACCUCGUAAGCCUUAGGAUGUAAUGACAAGCUACGAUUAUUCUAAACUGAUUUUCAUUCCUUUAUAUGUGUCAUAAAUGUGAAAUAUCAUAUCAAAUUCACUAUAUUAUCCACAAUAUGUAUGUUUCUUUUAUUCUAAUUUCUAACUCUAUUCCUUUUCAUACUCCAGUAAAAUAUUUACAAUCAAAUGUACAUUCAGACUUGUAAAAUGCUGCUCCAAAGUCAGAACAUGUUUAAACGGAUACACGCCUGUCUAAGCUGUAAACUCUGCAGCCAGUGUACCCCUGGGUGCACAUACAUGUACCCACAUGCAUACCCACACACACGCGCACACACACACACACACACACACACACACAC